AUGCUGAUUACCGAUUUUCUCUACAACAUCAUUCUCAGUCCCGAAUGGGAUCCAAUCGAGUUCGAACCUCGAGGAGACCGAUCGGAAAUCCUACGCCAGCCAGUCGAGUGCAUCCGAGCUAUAUGCCUGUCAAACUUUCAGUCCAACAGACCAAACAAUUGGACCUUUUUUUUGUCAACCUCGGAGGAAAACAUGACGGCCGUAAGGCUUGAUUGUCACCCAACCUACUACCGCGCAACCACUGUCCUUGAAAACAGUAACGGCUCCAAAGCCAACAUUUUCUUUGAAAAGAAAACGACCCUGGUCCCACCCGAGGGGGAAUUGACCUUUGUUUUGACCGUGAACCCGGGAUUCACAGUGGGGAAUAUCCACGAGAUCAUUGUUUUGAAUAACCGGCACAAAUACGAGAUGGACAAUGAUGGUUGGUCUGACCGAGCCUGGGUCCAUGACCAAAUCGAACUCUUCAACCAACAUGGUAUCUUCGCCAAUCAGGAUGAGGUUGCACUAGUGAUGAAUGGAAUCCAGAAAAGAUGGCCAGGGGAGUUCCCCGACCCGCUCCAGAUGGGGACCUACUAUGGAUGA